CCCUCCCUUCCCCCUCCCCCUCGGCUCUGACCGAGCGGGCCACCGUCCGUCUCGUCCCGUCCUGGAGAAGGCGAAGCAGGUCCGGGCGAGUGUGUGUGUCUGUGUGUGUGACGAGAGGGGGAAGCCGUUUCUGCCCCCCUAAGAUGGUGUCGGCGGCCGCCGAGGGAAGGCAGAAGAAGAGGCCAACGGCGGCGGCGGGGGCGGCGGCGAGCACCGAGGGGACGCGGAGGCCCCUGCCGCAGUGCCGGGGUCCGGGCCGGGGCCGGGCGGCGGCGGCGCUGCUGACAGAGAGGGCGAGGGCGAGGGAGAGGAGCGGGCGGCCCGCGCCGGGGCCGGGGUCUCGGCCGCUCCUGCGGCCCCCGCCGGCGCCGCCGCUGCUGCUGCUGCCGCUGCUGCUGCUACUGCUGCCGCUGCCCCUGCGCCUGCCUCGGGUGGCCGAGGCGGCGGCUCCGGCGGCCGCAGCGUCGGGCUCGGCCGCGGCCGAGGCCAAGGAGUGCGACCGGCCCUGCGUGAACGGCGGCCGCUGCAACCCGGGCACGGGCCAGUGCGUCUGCCCGGCCGGCUGGGUGGGCGACCAGUGCCAGCACUGCGGGGGCCGCUUCAGACUGACUGGAUCAUCAGGUUUUGUAACCGAUGGACCUGGAAAUUACAAAUACAAAACAAAAUGCACUUGGCUCAUUGAAGGACAGCCAAAUCGAGUACUGCGCCUUCGCUUCCAUCAUUUUGCUACAGAAUGUAGUUGGGACCAUUUAUAUGUUUAUGACGGGGACUCCAUUUAUGCCCCACUAGUGGCUGCCUUUAGUGGACUGAUUGUUCCUGAGAGAGAGGGCAAUGAGACUGUCCCUGAAGUGGUGGCCACCUCUGGGUAUGUUCUGCUGCACUUUUUUAGUGAUGCUGCCUAUAACUUGACUGGAUUUAACAUCACAUAUAGUUUCGACAUGUGUCCCAAUAACUGUUCUGGGCGAGGAGAAUGUAAGCUCAGUAAUGGCAGCAGCACUGUCAAGUGUGAGUGUUCAAAAUACUGGAAAGGAGAAUCGUGUGAUAUUCCUUACUGUACAAAUGACUGCGGCUAUCCAACUCGAGGCUUCUGCAAUGCAAGCGACGUUAGGGAAUGCUCGUGCUUCCCAGACUGGCAGGGACCUGGCUGUGCAAUUCCUGUGCCAGCUAAUCAGUCAUUUUGGACUCGGGAGGAAUACUCUCAGCCAAAGCUCCCAAGAGCAUCCCACAAAGCUGUUGUCAAUGGUAACAUAAUGUGGGUUGUUGGAGGUUAUAUGUUCAACCAUUCAGAUUACAACAUGGUUCUGGCGUAUGACCUUGAUGCUGGGGAGUGGCUUCCACUGAACCAAACUGUAAAUGAUGUGGUUGUCAGAUAUGGUCAUUCUUUGGCAUUGUACAAGGACAAAAUCUACAUGUAUGGAGGAAAAAUUGAUUCAACAGGCAAUGUGACAAAUGAGUUGAGGGUGUUUCACAUUAAAAAUGAAUCAUGGGUUUUAUUGGCCCCCAAAGCAAAGGAGCAGUAUGCAGUUGUUGGGCACUCAGCACACAUUGUCACAAUGAAAAAUGGCCGAGUUGUCAUGCUGGUCAUCUUUGGUCACUGUCCUCUCUAUGGUUACAUAAGCAAUGUGCAGGAAUAUGACAUUGAUAAGAAUACAUGGAGUAUUUUACAAACUCAGGGUGCUCUUGUACAAGGAGGUUAUGGCCACAGUAGUGUUUAUGAUGCCAAGACAAAUUCCCUCUACAUACAUGGCGGUUAUAAGGCUUUCAGUGCCAACAAAUAUAGACUCGCUGAUGAUUUAUAUAAAUAUGAUGUGGAUACUCAGAUGUGGACCAUUCUUAAGGAUAGCCGUUUUUUCCGAUAUUUGCAUACGGCUGUGAUAAUCAGUGGAACCAUGCUGGUAUUUGGAGGAAACACACACAAUGAUACCUCUAUGAGCCAUGGUGCCAAGUGCUUUUCAUCAGAUUUCAUGGCCUAUGAUAUUGCUUGUGAUCGUUGGUCAGUACUUCGAAGACCUGAUCUUCAUCAUGAUGUUAACAGAUUUGGCCACUCAGCAGUCUUGUAUAACAGCACUAUGUAUGUAUUUGGAGGUUUCAACAGCCUUCUGCUCAGCGAUAUCCUGAUGUUUACAGCAGAAAGGUGUGAAGCACAUCAAAGUGAGGACACCUGUGUAGGAGCAGGACCUGGAGUGCGGUGUGUGUGGAAUAUGACUCAGUGUAUCCCUUGGGAAUUGGCAACUGAAGUGCAAGAAGAGAAGACCAGAGCAGAAUGCUUUUCAAAAAGAACUGCCGAUCCUGACAAAUGUGAUCAGCACAUAGACUGUUACAGCUGCACAGCCAACACGAAUGACUGCCAGUGGUGUAGUGAUCAUUGUAUCUCCAUGAAUAGCAACUGUACUGAAGGCCAGGUUUCUAUUUCCAAAUAUGAGAAUUGUCCAAAGGAUAAUCCAACGUAUUACUGUAACAAGAAGACAAGUUGUAAGAGCUGUGCCAUGGACCAGAACUGCCAGUGGGAACCCAGGAAUCAAGAGUGUGUUGCCUUGCCUGAAAAUAUCUGUGGCGCUGGCUGGCAUUUGGUUGGAAAUUCAUGUUUAAAAAUUACGACCACAAAAGACAAUUACGACAAUGCUAAAUUGUCCUGCAGGAGCAUGAACGCCUUCCUGGCUUCUCUAACCACCCAGAAGAAGGUGGAGUUCGUUCUUAAACAGUUGCGCUUAAUGCAAUCAGCACAAUCACUGUCCAAAACAACCUUGACUCCAUGGGUAGGACUCCGGAAGAUCAAUGUGUCUUACUGGUGCUGGGAAGACAUGUCCCCAUUUACAAAUAGCCUACUUCAGUGGCUACCAUCAGAACCAAGUGAUGCUGGAUUCUGUGGAAUCUUGUCAGAGCCCAAUGUCAGAGGCUUGAAGGCUGCAACCUGUAUUAAUCCACUUAAUGGAAGUAUCUGUGAAAGGCCUGCCAACCACAGUGCCAAACAGUGUCGUACCCCCUGUGCCUUGAGGACGAUGUGUGGAGAGUGUACCAGUGGCAGCUCAGAGUGCAUGUGGUGUAGUAACAUGAAGCAAUGUGUGGAUUCAAAUGCUUAUGUGGCCUCUUUUCCAUUUGGCCAGUGUAUGGAGUGGUACACCAUGAGCAGCUGUCCCCCAGAAAAUUGUUCUGGCUAUUGUACUUGUGGUCACUGUUUGGAGCAGCCUGGCUGUGGCUGGUGUACUGAUCCGAGCAAUACUGGCAAGGGCAAGUGCAUUGAGGGCUCCUUCAAAGGGCCAGUGAAGAUGCCAUUCCAGCCACCCACAGGGAAUCACUACCCACAGCCGCUUCUUAAUUCUAGCAUGUGUCUAGAAGAGAACAGAUACAACUGGUCUUUCAUCCAAUGUCCAGCAUGCCAAUGUAAUGGACACAGUAAAUGUAUCAAUGAAAGCAUCUGUGAGAAAUGUGAGAAUCUGACAACCGGCAAACAUUGUGAGACGUGUAUAUCAGGCUUCUAUGGGGAUCCUACUAAUGGAGGAACGUGUCAGCCUUGCAAGUGUAAUGGUCAUGCUUCCCUCUGUAAUACAAACACAGGCAAGUGUUUCUGCACCACCAAAGGAAUCAAAGGAGACGAAUGCCAAUUAUGUGAAGUAGAAAAUCGUUACCAAGGCAACCCUCUCAAAGGGACGUGUUACUAUACACUUCUUAUUGACUAUCAGUUCACCUUUAGUCUAUCCCAAGAGGAUGACCGUUAUUACACAGCUAUCAAUUUCGUGGCUACACCGGAAGAACAAAACAGGGACUUGGAUAUGUUUAUCAAUGCCUCAAAAAACUUCAACCUCAACAUUACUUGGGCAACAAGCUUUGCAGCUGGAACACAAGCUGGAGAAGAGAUGCCUGUUGUUUCAAAAACCAACAUUAAAGAAUACAAAGAUAGCUUUUCCAAUGAGAAAUUUGAUUUCCGAAGCCACCCAAAUAUCACUUUCUUUGUUUAUGUCAGCAAUUUUACCUGGCCCAUCAAAAUUCAGAUUGCAUUCUCUCAGCACAGCAACUUCAUGGACUUGGUACAGUUCUUGGUGACCUUCUUCAGUUGUUUCCUCUCUUUGCUGCUUGUGGCUGCUGUGGUUUGGAAGAUCAAGCAAAGCUGUUGGGCUUCCAGGCGGAGAGAGCAACUUCUUCGUGAGAUGCAACAGAUGGCCAGUCGUCCCUUUGCCUCCAUCAAUGUUGCCUUGGAAACAGAUGAAGAACCACCUGAUCUUAUUGGAGGAAGCAUAAAGGCUGUUCCCAAGCCCAUCGCAUUGGAGCCCUGUUUUGGUAACAGAGCUGCGGUCCUUUCAGUGUUUGUGAGGCUGCCUCGAGGCCUGGGUGGAAUUCCACCGCCAGGACAGUCAGGACUUGCUGUGGCCAGCGCACUGGUGGACAUUUCUCAGCAGAUGCCAAUCGCUUACAAAGAGAAAUCAGGAGCCAUGCGAAAUCGGAAACAGCAGCCACCUGCACAGCCUGGAACCUGCAUCUGAUGCUGGAGCAGGAGGACUGUCCCUGUGAGGGUUUUAACACGCAAGAACAGUUGGAAAGGGAGAGAGGGCGGGGGGAGGGAGGGCCACAGAUUUUACAGUCACGGUGCAAACGCCUGGAGAUACUCGGAGAAGGCAGCGUCCUUGAGCCCAACCUUGUCUGCAUGGUCGUUUGCUUUGUCUGGAAGUUGCUCCAGUUUGUGUUCAGAGUUCACCCUUUUUUUUCUCGUCAGAUUCAUUUAAUUUAAUUCCAGGUCCAAUAAUGAUCUCGUCAUCAUUAUGGGAAGUCAGUGUAAAUAAAGCCAGGAGAACAGUUAGGAAUGAAUGACACUCAGGUUUACACAUGGAGAACUGUUCCUGGGGACUUGUAUUUCUCAACUGUGCAAAAAAAAAAAAAAAAGAUGCAGUGUUUACAGGUAAAUGUUAGUCAUCGAUAACUCACCAAUGCAGGCUUUUAGAGAACCUUCAGGUGAAGUGACUUAGUUUUCAUCUGAAGUGCAUUCUCUCUCUUAAAAAAAUGCUGUUUAUUCUUGAACCAUCUAGGCAGAGAUCUCUCUCUUCCAUGGAGUGGUAUUUUUCUAGUUGAGAAUUAUUUACAGUCCAUCUCUUUGGAAUCAUGUCAAAGUAGAAUAGAAUGAGACUAUUUUAAUAUAAAGAUCAGAAAUGUCACUUGGAGAGAAUGCAGAUUAUUGUGGUUUUCUAAGGAAUCUUGGCUAAUAUAGUCUUAACCCAUUUAGAACACACACGUGCACACACACACGAAGUGCCUAGACUUUAAAUAGAUCUAGCAAUUGGGAAAUUAGUAUACAUAGGUUUUUACAUAAUUGCAUUCCUAUAUUCCUGUAAAAUUUAAAUGGUUACCCUAGGCAAUCUGUGCUCUUUUCUAAACCUAAUUUGCAGCCAGAAAAGAUGACAGAAUUUUCCCACCCAAGCACAUGCUUAACCUGGUAGCAGUACCUGGAAGGGAAAGUGGAAUUGAACUAAAAUAUCCUGUGUAAAAGCUGCUGUUCUCACCUCUUGUCCCAAGUCAAAGGUGUGAGUGUGGAGUAUCCCUUGUGUGUGCCCAUAACCUUCUAGGUCUCUACUUGAGUGUUUCUCUCGGCCCUUCCUGUGUUUACUCUCAAGGCACGAAAGUGGAGGUUCCUCAUCCUCCAUACCCACCCUGGGAACAAAAAGGAUUGGGGGCACCGCACUGGGUGUUCUUUGGCUCCUGGGAGCCAGACACAGCUCAGUUUCCUGUGUCCAUUUCCAUUUUAGCCUCAUCUGCCUUGAGUGUCUGUUUCCUUCAGGGUCCAGGUUAGUGGACUCAGGCAUCUGUCUGGAGAUCCCUGCUGGGAUUAUCUUCAGUUCACUUGAGAUAUGUGUGAGGCCCUUUGUUUGGCCCUGUAAAUAUGAAGUAAGGCAGAGGCCCUACAAGGAAGGACCUUGCAAUCUAAUAGGGAGGAUGAGACCAAGACCCAAAUUCAGAUGCUACUGUGGGAAGCUGUGAGGAGGCGGAGGUUGCUUCCAGCUGGGCCUUCCACCCAGGGCCAAAGUCCAGAGCCUGCCAUGACAUGCAGCAUUUGCCUUCUUUCUCAUCACAAGGAACCUCCCAACCUCAGUCUCCCCAGUUGUGGGAGGCUCUUCUCUACCAUCUAGAGCCCUUGAUGAGGACUCACAGAGAAUCAGCACAUCCAGAAGUCUGAAAAGGAGAAACUCAGGUUUGCCAAACAGAGUGAGCAAUAAAGAAUAAUUUUAAGAGGGGCAGGAGGAAAGGACUCUUAGAAACUGGAAGUAUUGCAUCUUUUCCCCCCCAUUUUCUUAUGCUCUGUCUCAAUAUCCAUAGUAGCCAGUGGGGAAAUCACUCCUAUACUGCCUCAGCAAGGCCUAGGCUCUGACAAUGAGCUAGAAGAACUUCUCUCCCAGCUUUAUCUCAGAAUAACUGUGGUGGUGAGGGAGGGGCACCUUUGGGCAUUCAGGUAGCCUAAGACCUGUGAGAACAAAUGCCUUAGGAAUUGUCUCUUUGAGAUGCAACCCUGAAGAAAUUCAGUCCUUCAGAAAGAGCUUUUUCUCUUCUCCCACCCUUAUAACCCUAUUCUUUGUCCCAGGGGUAAGAUCUCCUGGAAUGCUUUUUUCCUAGAAGUUUUUUGGGGAAAAAAAACCCAAUAACACUAACAUACAAAUGAAUUACCUCCAAUAGACUCAGUUUCCCUAGAAUAGACACUUUCCCCUUCACACAGUACUGGCCCAGAGCAAGGGUAUAUAACCUCUGAUGGUCCCUUUCAACUCUGACUCUGUUUCUAGGUGAACGCAGAGAAGGAGACCCCACAGCCCCCUCUGCCUAAGAUUGUCCAUCCAGCUUCUCCAGGAGGUGCCAUUUAUGUAGAGACCUUGAGCGUGAUGCAGUUCUAUUUUAGGAGUGGGAAAGGAGGUGGGGAAAAAGACUGUGGGAGCUGCUUCUUGCAAGGAAGUAGCCUCAGCAUUGCCUCAAGGACUGAUUUUCCCUUUGCUAAGAUAUUCUUUCUUCACCUCUCCCCCAACACUGCCCCUUCCCCGCUAAUGUCAUUGUUGGAGAAGUCCUGCACAAUAAAUAAGUGACUGUGAGCCACAGACAUGGACUCCCAGGCUAGCUCUUCAGUCAUUAAAAGGAGGCAGAAAGUAGAAGGCAAGGCAACAGCCCAAGAAGUAAGAAUCACUUCAGGGGAACAGGUGGGAUGUCUGUGCUUUUGUCACAUCUCUGCCUCAGCCCUGCUACCUUCCGCAAACGGCUUCAGACAGACUUAGAGUUCAGCUGGAAUGGGGAGAAGCAAAGUCUCUGAUCGCUGGUGUGUCUCACUUCUAAACCAGCUUCCAGGCCCUGGAAAUAGGCCCAUUAUGUCACUAAAGAGCCUGUGAAUAAAUGAAAACCAUUUUAAUAAUUCAGCUAAAUAAUACAGUGGCAUCAUGUACAAAAUGCCCAAUCUUUGAAAAUGCACAUAAAACUGAGAAACUGCUCGUGUAUUUUUUAUGCAUUUUAAAUGAUGCCUGAGUUUUGUCUUAAUAACAUGCCCCCGUGCCAAGUACUGGAUAUCUUUCAGAGCUCAGAGGGAUCAUCCAAUUAGAUCCUGAUGCUCUGCCAAUUGAGCAGGAAAAAUAUCCCCAACAUGUUGAUGCAUUUAAAUGCAACUCAUUUCAAUGAAAUAAACAAAAUAUCUCAAAAUAAAGCUUUUCUCCUACUUAAAAAAAAAAAAAGUCAGGAAGAAUCAGGCAAUAAGUCAGCUUUAUGCAGCUGUUCCUCAGGAGAAUGUUAAAAUGAAGCCGUUUAGCCUCUUGUCAUUAGAAUUUGCCCACAUCUCCAUUUGCAGGGAGCCUUGGCUUCAGGGCAGAGGUUGGACGCCCUGAGUUUCAGCCCUAGAAAUAUUUCCCUUGGUUUUGACCGCCGAAAUAUUGUGAGACAUGGAAGCAAAAAUUCCAGAGCCAUGUCUUAGUUGAAAUUGUGGUUGUGGCUUCGUUUAGGUUUCUGAUGGAAAUUUUCCAGCCUUUUAGUUUAUAACAUGAAUGAUGCCUUUGGGCACUGAAUAAUAAGGGUUAUUUUUAUUUGAUUUUUUUGUUUGCAAAUAGCUCCUAUUUUUCCAGAAAAAAUUUCAUAAAUGUUUGUAGUCAUUAUGUGCAGCAGCCAGUAACACCCCUGUUUGUUUCCUCUGUUACUCCUUCCCAUGUCUUUAUUUGUCCAGGAACCUGCAGUCUGUUCUCUGGCUACAGAGAGACUGAGGUCCCUUCCAACUCUUCCCCAAGGCCCAUCUGCCCGAGAUGAGGGUAACCUGAUUGCUGUGAGAUGCGCUGGAAGAGAAUCCUGGGCCCACAGAUUUUCCCAGGUCAUGUGUGCAGGGGAGAAAACAGGGCUGGGCAGGGAGGUCUGUGGGUAAAGAGGACCAGGACAUUGAGUCACUGACCCUUGAAUUAAAAGUGAAGCUUCUGAGGGGCAGCUAGGUGACACAGUGGAAAGAGCACCAGCCCUGGAGUCAGGAGGACCUGAGUUCAAAUCCAGCCUCAGACACUUAACACUUACUAGCUGUGUGACCCUGGGCAAGUCACUUAACCCCAACUGCCUCACUAAAAAAAAAAAAAACAAAAAAACAAGUGAAGCUUCUUCUAGUCCCUCUCCUGGGAAAGUCGUCAUUAGCUUAGUGUAGAUCAUAUGCACUCACCUUGGAAUUGGAGUGACUGGGAAGAGGAGGUUGGCAUGGCCUAGAGGAUCAUCAAACCAACCAUUAGGAAUAGAUUUUUUACUUUAAACAGCUACUCCACAGCUUUUUAUCUUUUGUGGUAAAGUUCAAGUUUAUUGGGGGUUUUCUGCCAACCAAGCACACGGUUAAGGCAAAGAGAUGGGUUUUCAACUUCCUUAACUUUAUCAGACGUGCAUUUCCACAGGUACUGUGUGUAGAGAUUAAGCAAGUGAUGUGGCGUUGAUUGAAGAAGAGUGAGAUAGAUAUUCCCUGUGACAGGAGGUCUCGAAGGAGAGGCUGAACGAGAGCACAGAUGAUCAGGUGUAGGGUUGUAGAGGGGAUUUUUGUCCAGUUGGCACUAGAUGCCCUCUAGUCCUGAGAUCUGUUCAGUUGGAAGGUCAACCACCAAACCAUAGAAUUGGCUUUUCACUUCUAACUUACUAUGUAUAGAGAAGGCCUGGGAGAGACACAUUCCUUCCCCCGACAAACCAGACUCAAGGGCAGGGGUAUGAACAGAGGGAAGAGAUAGACUGAUCAGAGGCAAACUGUGCUCUUGCUGUCUCUUCCACUUUGGGGCUCAAAUGACAGUUACCCAAUUUACUGAACUUUUCUUCAACCAUAAAAAUUCUUAUGCAUGUCUUCCAGGUACUGUAAUUGUCCCCAAGAGACACUUUCCCCCUGAUUAGUAAUUCACACUAAUAAAAACUCUGCCAGGGAGGAAAAACUGUGUAAUAGCUUGUAAAAUCUGUCAGUCCACCCUUUUACAAGAAAUCCUGAGAGAGAUUCCCACUUACUCUGAAUUUGGACCUAGCACACAUUAACACUAGUGAAACCUAUUUCCUUGAACUAAUUCUGUCUUUGGAAACUCCUUGGGUCUGCGGUUAUUUCCAGUUCUUAUGUGUUCGGACUCCAGCUUAGUUUGUUAAUAUGUAUAAUUUAGCAUUGAUUGCACUCAUAUGUAAAUACGGAGUAAGUAUUGUAAACUAUUUCAUUUCUGGGGAUCGUGGGUGUUAUACAUACACAAGUUAGGACUGCAACUUUUGGGUAUUUUUUGUAUUGUAAGAUAACAGCUAACUUAAGCCGGAACAAGAAAAUUCUGGGAGGUCUGUGCAUUUUAAACACAAAUGUGAAGUACAUGUAUAUAAACAAAAAGUAAAUACUGUAAUACAAAAUUUCCUUCGGAAAUAAAAGUAGAAGAUCUGGUUAAA